UGAUAAGAAAGUGUCACGAUUGUUAGCAUUUAAAGGCAAAUGUCCCCCGGAUGUCCACUUUCUGUUUGACAAUGCCGGGUAAUUCUAGUUCGUCAAGAUAUGCAUGUUAUUGCAGACACGUAAAGUCCCAGGGGGUCAUUAUGCCAUGUCGGCUGGCGGCGUCUCCUUCGUGCAGAUCCGGUUCAACGACAUCAUCUUCUACGAGAAUUGCGGCGGGGGCAGCUUUGGCAGCGUCUACCGUGCCAGAUGGAUGUCGCAGGACAGAGAGGUGGCGGUGAAGAAGCUGCUGAAGGUGGACAAUGAGGUGGAAAUCCUCAGCGUUCUCAGUCACAGAAACAUUAUUCAGUUCUACGGAGCUAUUCAAGAGGCACCCAACUACGCCAUCGUCACAGAAUAUGCAAGCAGAGGUUCGUUGUAUGAGUAUCUGUCCAGCAUUGAGAGUGAGCAGAUGGACAUCAGACAAAUCAUGACCUGGGCCAUGGAGAUAGCCAAAGGAAUGCACUAUUUGCACUCAGAAGCUCCAAUAAAGGUUAUCCACAGAGAUCUGAAGUCCAGGAAUGUGGUGAUGACCGCAGACAAAGUGCUGAAGAUCUGUGACUUUGGUGCCUCUAAGUUCCACUCGCACACUACGCACAUGUCCCUGGUGGGCACCUUCCCAUGGAUGGCUCCUGAGGUGAUCCAGAGCCUGCCUGUGUCAGAGACCUGUGACGCAUACUCCUACGGAGUGGUCCUGUGGGAGAUGCUCACCCGUGAGGUUCCCUUCAAAGGUCUUGAGGGCCUGCAGGUGGCCUGGCUGGUCGUAGAGAAAAAUGAGAGGUUAACUAUCCCCAGCAGCUGCCCAGCCAGUUUUGCUGACUUGAUGAGGAAGUGCUGGUUGACUGAGCCCAAGGAAAGGCCAGUAUUCAAGCACAUAUUGUCAACCUUGGAGUUCAUGUCUAACGACAGUCAGCUUCCUGAGCAGUGCAACUCCUUCCUGCAGAACAAGGCAGAGUGGAGGUGCGAGAUCGAGGCCACGCUGGAGAGACUGAAGAAACUGGAGAGGGACCUGAGUACCAAGGAACAGGAGCUGAAGGAGAGGGAGCACCGGCUUAAAAUCUGGGAGCGCAAGCUGACCGAGCAGUCCAGCGAGCCGCCUUUCUUGCCCGUUGCCACAAAGAUUAGCUCAGAGUUGUUCUUUGAGUCAAGGAUGGAGGAGUCGAAGAGCCUGGAGAUGGCUUGUGAGAUCAGGGCCCCCAGUAACGGGGAGGUGGAUGGGCGGAGCCUGCAGGCCAUGAUGGAGGCACUUGGGGACACGCUCGUCCCCAGGCCCACGCUGUGCCCGAGCAUACGGGUCAACAUGCGGGCCCAGCAGAACUCUUCCAAGUCCUGCAGAGUCCGAAAGAGGCACAAGAUUCACAUGGCCUUGGCUGUGGGAGACUUCCACUGGUCAAGCGAGGACAGUGACUGAGGCGCCCCCUGCUGGCUGUGUGUUUCCCAGCCCCUGUUUUGCUUAGCAGCAUGAGUCUACUCCGAUGGGUGUCUUAUACAAGUUUCUUUUGUACUUCUCUGUAAAACCUCCUACAUUUGCUUGAUUUCAUUUGUGUGUUGCUUGACUAUAUCACUUGCGUGCACUUUCAAGUAAUUGCCAUCUUUGAGGACUUUUUAUAAAAAGCCCUGUGUUUGUUUAUACAUGAAUGCUAAAUGGUUUGAUUGAAGGGGUGGCAUCGAAAGCAGCCAUUUGGGUUCACCGAACCCCUCCCUGGCACUGUCCGAGGCACGUUCCACUGAGCCACUCGUAUCUGAUGCGUGGCACCAAAAGAGCCCCAAGCCGCGAGGAGGCUGCCCGCCCGGGUGCCCACAGACACGAGGCUGCGCUCUGUCAAUCAGCCGACAUCUUACUCCCUGGAAGAUUGGCCAAUCAUACAGUGGCGACUGGCUGGGAGGGAUGGCCGCGGAUGUGAAGCAGUUUAGAUUGGCUUAGGCUUCUUGGCGAUGUGACGGCCCAGCCAGUGACAGUGUGCGUGCUCUAUGGCUUUUUGGGGCAUGUAUAUAUUACAGCGUGACCAAAGAAGACCAAAUAUUCCCACAAUGUGACGGUAUUUUGACAUUGUGGGGACCAUUUUUUCAGCCCCUGCAAGGGGAAACUCAAUUUUAUAAAAAUCGGUGGCUGCAAUCAAAAAACUAAAAAUGGGCUGGGUUAGGGGUUCAGGUUGUCAUUUUUCGGACUAGGGUUUUGCCCAUAAAAAUGAAUGGAUGGUCCCCACAAAGAUGUGAAUACAAACGUGUGUGUAUGUGUGUGUGUGUAUUCUGGAAAAAUGGGAUUUGUUUCUUUGGGUGAUUGAUUAGUUUUCAUAGUUCAUUUUAAAAAGCUGGGCUUCUUCCUUAAACAUGCUACAAAGCAAAAAAAAAAAAGUCAGCUUUACAAUCUAAUAUGAUCCAGUGCAAUCCAUUGCAGUUCCAUUUUUAUGUCUUUCAAACAUGAAAUGGCACAUUUUUUUCCAGCUUCCAAAGAAAAAUGUUUUUCAUUUUCAAUCAGCUUCCACUAAUAACCUUUACAGUUGGACACAGCCAGCAGGGAUGUGCAGGGGGGGCCUGGAGCACCACACUCUUCUGCGUGAGAAGGUGCCUCUUUUUGAAUCAAAAUACAAAAGUACAGCUAUGACAGUUCUGAGUCUCGCAUGGUAUUUGACAGUCUGUGUCUGACCUCAUUUGCGUAACAUAGUUUCCUGUUUCACUGGGAAAAAAUAACUACACCAUCAGGGUAUCUCCACAAAACCCUUCUUUGAAAUUCAGUUUGUCAGCCGAGAGACUACAGGGUAAUCUGGGCUGUUAUAAUAGGGUUCUUCCCCUGAGUUCCCCCUGCUGGCACUCUGUUUGACCCCCGGUGUGUCUUACACACUAUGCCCUUGGGGGCCGUAUCAGCAGAUGAUUCCAGCGCUUUAUUCGUUUUCAUACUAUAUUGUGACACUGACUACUUGUAAGAUUUUUGUGCGUCUGAUACUGUAGGUUGCAUUUCGAAACGCAUUUUGGCGCCGGUCUGCUGGAUCACUGUCCUCUCCAUAUGCUUGUUUUUCAAUAAACUUUGGCUUAAAAUUUCUCUUGCUUAGAUUUCUUCGCUUUUCUUUUUCUUCCUGUAUGACUUGCUUUUAACUUCCUGAUAAACAUCAGAGAAGCUAUCCUGAUAAUUAUGAAGUACAUUGAAUAUUUUGAUGUUACAAACACAUUUUAAUUUUAAAUGAUGUGAAAUCUUUCAAAAUGGUUGUUAAAUGUGGACUUAUGUCUGAAAAAUAGAUCUAAGUAUUAACCAUUUAUUUGGACUACUUGAUUUUAAAGUGGGAGCAGCAUUUUAAACAGUAGUAGCUGUUUUCAACUGUGAUAAAUCAUUUGUUUCGGAGACGUUAUGAUCAUUUCUUAAGAUUAAGACGUGAUUUUCUUGUCUUGGAAAAACUUCUAAGCUGUAUGACAAGUAAAAAGAAUGUAAACCUUUAGCAUUGCUGAAAAUGCAUGGCUUACAAGUAGGCGUUAAAAAGGUCAACGCAAUCCUACAACUAUAGCUAAACAGCACUUAUAGUGAGAUUACCCGGUUAUCUUUUCACUUCUUUGUGUGAAAAGUAGGGGUGUAACGAUUCAUUCAUUUUCUCGAUGCAUCGAUUACAAAUCCUGCCGAUGCAUAUGCAUCGAUCUUGAAACAUGGAUUUUUGAAUCGUGAAUCGUUUGUUUCAGUCAAUAAUCGAUUUAAUAUUUUAAAAUCGAAUGAAUCGCGAUUAUAUAACGAAUAUAUGAUGGAUAAUU